GUGAACACGGAUGCCAUCCGCUUGGCCCAGGAGGAGAUCUGCGAGUACCGCCGCCAGCUCCAGUCCAAGACCACCGAGCUCGAAGCCCUCAAAGGGACCCAGGAGUCACUGGAGAGGCAGAGGCAGGACUCAGAGGAGCGCCAUCAUGCAGAUGUCCUCUCCUACCAGGAAACCAUCCAGCAGCUUGAGGGUGAGCUGAGGAACACCAAGUGGGAGAUGGCAGCUCAGCUCCGGGAGUACCAGGAUCUGCUCAACGUCAAAAUGGCUCUGGACAUUGAAAUUGCUGCCUACAGAAAGCUCUUGGAAGGGGAGGAAUAUCGGCUUGAGUCUGGCUUUGGGAUGAUCUCCUUCCCUGAGGUGGUCCCCAAGGCUCCCAGCAUCACCACCAACAUCAAGGUGAAGAGUGAGGAGAAGAUCAAGGUAGUGGAAAAAUCUGAGAAGGAGACAGUGAUUGUGGAGGAGCAGACAGAGGAAAUCCAGGUGACCGAGGAGGUCACAGAGGAGGAGGAAGCUGAGAAAGCAGCUGAAGAGGAGGAGAAGGAAGAGGAGAAAGCUGAAGUAGAGGGUGAAGAGGAGGCCAAGUCUCCUGCAAAAGACGAGGCCAAGUCCCCAGAAAAACCAGAGUCCCCCUCAAAGGAGGAGGCCAAGACCCCAGCUGUCAAGUCCCCUGAAAAGCCACCAACCCCCUCAAAAGAAGAGGCUAAGAGCCCCGUUGUGAAGUCCCCAGAGAAGCCUACACCCCCCUCAAAGGAGGAGGCCAAGAGCCCAGCUGUCAAGUCCCCUGAAAAGCCACCAACCCCCUCAAAAGAAGAGGCUAAGAGCCCCGUUGUGAAGUCCCCAGAGAAGCCUACACCCCCCUCAAAGGAGGAGGCCAAGAGCCCGGCUGCAAAGUCUCCUGAGAAACCCCCAACCCCCUCAAAAGAGGCAGCCAAGAGCCCAGCUGUCAAAUCCCCAGAAAAGCCCCCAACCCCUUCAAAGGAGGAGGCCAAGGCCCUGGUGGUGAAGUCCCCAGAGAAACCUGCAACCCCCUCAAAAGAGGAGGCCAAGAGUCUGGCUGUCAAGUCCCCAGAGAAACCUGCAACCCCUUCGAAGGAGGAAGUCAAAACUCCAACUGUCAAAUCCCCAGAAAAGCCCCCAACCCCCUCAAAGGAGGAGGCCAAGGCCCCUGUGGUAAAGUCCCCAGAGAAACCGAAGUCCCCGGAAAAGAAGGCGCCUAAGAACCCCGAGGCAAAGUCCCCAGAGAAACCGAAGUCCCCCUCAAAGGAGGAGGCCAAGAGCCCAGCUGUCAAGUCCCCAGAGAAACCUGCACCCCCCUCAAAGGAGGAGAUCAAAAUUCCAUCUGUCAAGUCCCCAGAAAAACCCCCAACCCCCUCAAAGGAGGAGGCCAAGACCCCAACCGUGAAGUCCCCAGAGAAAGUCAUAUCUCCUAUGAAGGAGGCCAAGUCUCCACAGAAAGAAGCAGCCCCGGCCAAGGAGCCAAAAGCUCCUGCAAAGGAAGAGCAGCCCAAGGAGGCAAAGGCUCCCCCCAAACCAGGAGCUGAGGAGGGCAGGAGGGAGGAAGGUCCCAAGAAGGAUGUCCCAGCCAAGGUGGAGGAGAAGCCCAAAGAGAAGGUGGCUCCUGUGCCAGAGCCUCCAGCCCCACAGGUGAAGGAAACCACCAAGCCAGGCCCCAGAGCUGCAGAAGAAGGAAAGGCUGAGAAGGAAGCUCCCCCAAAACCACAGCAGGAGGUCAGCAAAGCAGCUGAGAAACAAAAGGCCGAGGAGCCCAUGAAGGAGAAGGCGGAGGAGCCCAAAGCUAAAGCAAAACCCAAAGAUGAGCCCAAAGCCAGUAAAGAGCCCCCCAGGGCUGAGGCCCCCUCCAGCAAGGAGGGCAAAGCCCCGGAGCCAGCCCCUGCCAUGGGGAAGAAGUGA